ACAUAUUCAACAAGUAUUGGUGAAUCCUUGUAAUCGCUCAAGUCAAACUGGAAGUGGAAUUCGAUUAAAAAGAUGGGAACAUGUCUUUCCACAACCAAAAUUAAUGAAUUCAGUUAAAUGGUCUGCGCUUUACACUCCAGCAUGUCUUCCUUUAACCACAGAUCAUUUUCCUGUAAUUAAUGAAUAUAGUUAUGAAGAAGGUACUUAUACAAUCUCUGUGGAUCCUGAGACGUUCUCAAUAAAUCAGGAACAUAGCACUGAAGAAAGUAAAACUGAAACACUAUUAAAUGAAAUAAUAUCACAACGUUUAGCUCAAGGAUAUCAAUUGAUUGUACCUUCUUCUAGUUCUACUAAUGCUACAGACAAUUCAAAGAGCAUUAAAUCUACAAGUAAUAUCGCCGAUAAUCUUUCGAUAAGCCCAGAAUUUACCAAGUCACCAAGUUUCAGAAAUAAUAGAGAACCAACCCCGCAAUUUAUGCAAUUGAAUUCGUUUGCAGUUUCUAAUCCAUGUUACCUUAGCAUGGGACGUCAUGUCCACAAAUUGACUUAUUAUCCUGCGGAACAUGUAGAAGUCAAGAGAUACCUGCGUAAAACUGAAUAUAAGCAAGAACCUAAAGAAUAUUCUUGUGUUGUAUGGCCAAGAUGCCAAAAAUCUUAUGAGCUUAGAGUGGUUAAGUUUAAUUAUCCAAAUGUUAAUUACAAAUGGAAUCAUGUCGAUCAAUUAGCUUGUGGAUAUCAGGAUGAUCUUUCUGAUUCAGAUGAUUUAAGGUUUUGGAGGACAAGAUUUGUAUUGAUCCCAACAGAAAAUGUUCCAAGCAAUCUGUUGAAAACUGCAAAUGAAACCUUGGACGAAGAAGAAAUUCGAGUAAACGGAAUAUAUAAAUUUUUUGAACUUUUUGAAAAAGCGUCUUGGAUUCCAUCAAAUGAGCGAAAAGAAUCUAAUAAUAAAACAAAAAAAGAGAACAUAACUUCACCUCUCCAACCUACAACACUUGACCCAUCAAUAUUUGUGAAAUUCCCUGAGGAUGCGUAUUCACGACGGCCGUCUGUUAUCCCAGCAGAUGAAAGACUUAAUAGAGAAUCUAAAACUCAAGCAAUAGUUUCAGCGAUGAUGAAUCCAACUAGUGGAAUCGUACGAGAUAGACGAUGGCAUUUACGAUUUUAUCAAAAUGCAAUUGUUGGGAAUGAAUAUGUCGACUGGCUGUUAAAAAAAUUCCCUGAUAUUAACACUCGUGAAGAUGCUGUGUCAUUUGGCAACGAAUUACAAGAAAGGGGAGUGAUUGAACAUUGUACUAAAAGACAUCAGUUUUUAGAUGGGUAUUAUUUUUAUCAAAUAAAAGAAGAUCACGCAGAACGAAAAUCUGCAAAAAAAUGGUUCGUAAGUAAAGCCGCAAUGUUUUCGGCAUCAAGCACUCCAAAUUCCCCCGCUACAACUGCCGUAUCAACAGAUUCUGCAAAACGACCAGUGGUCGAAUUAACGAAAGCUAUGCAAAUUGACAUUGAUCCAUCAAAAAAGAGUGAUAGAAGAGAAACUGCUACAUUACACUACGAUGUGGUGUUUAACCCUGAUAAUUGUUAUCAUUUUCAGCUUCAUUGGCUAGGUUGUACAGCACGACUUAUUGAGGAAUUACUUCAAAAAUGGAGCGGAAAUGCCGACAGGUAUGGACUGAAACUAGUCGAAGUACCUGUAGAACAGGCGAUAAGUUUGACCGAUAACAAUCCAUUUCAAUCACCCACCCUAAUAAAAUUAUCUGUACCACCACCAUCACUGGAAUCACUGGGUAAAAAGUUACAUCCAUUAAUAAACCAGCAUUUCUAUUUUGAAAAACAAUUGAUUAAAUACUUUAAGUUUAUAUUGGAUGUUGAAGCCGAUGAUGCAUUUCCUAAAGAUGUAGAAGUUAAAUACUCGUAUAGUAAAACACCAUUUAAAUAUUCACAAUAUAUACACAGGUCUGGAGUUGCAUUUAUACAAAUUUGUGAAGAAGGAUACUUGUGGAUGAAUAAUAGAUUAUUUACAACACACAAUCCAUCGUCAUCGUUAAUGAGCAGCGCUAUUGUUAGGAAUAGUGCGCAUUUACCAGCUUCAUUAUUAACCAAUUCGAACCUGAUUGGUGGUAGGGAUCCUAAUUUGAUUAGUGGUAAUUCUAGGGAUUCAAAUAUGAUGAGCAGUAGUGUUAGGGAUCCAAAUAUUGCGAGCAAGUGUGGUACAAAUUUAGCGCCAAAUCCUGAUAUGUUAUUAAAAGAAUUUCAGAAAUUUUGUGAAAAUGAAGUACUAUUGAGAGAGUUUUGGGAUGAAGUUAUAAGUAGAUUGCCAGAGUCAGUUGAAGAUGAAACGGAGGAAGAGUUGCAAGAGCCUAAUGAUGUUGCAUAA